AAGAAUUAUUCUAGCUGGAGGAGAAAAAAUUUCAAAAAAAGACAAAAAAAGUAAGACGGUAUUUGUAUGCAUCAAAAAAGUAAAAAAAAAAACUACGCAAGUAUCAUAGUAUUGAAGUUUGAAAAGCGAAAGUGAUUUACUAUUGCAUUCACGAUAUUAAACCCUCUUUAGUGCCGUCGAGUCUCAGCCAAAGAUUGGUCGUCGGCGUGCUUCGCUUUUUGAGAAAAGCCGUUACACUGCUCAAGUAUCAAAAGCGAAGCAACUUGACGAGAGUAUUGAACUACCAAACUGCCUGUGUACUAAAAAGCAGACCACGUCAAAGCUUGACAAACCUCGUUGUCUCCGCGGUUUGAUGAGCACAUAAUUCUUCAGAAGAUUUUUCUCUUAGUAAAUGUUUCUACCGCAAAAGCUAUAGUCCCGGAAAGUCGUCUCACCUACUAGAUUUUGCCUAUUUAUUAGUGGAGAUAUUUUCUAAGAACUAACACGCAUAGUUUUUUGUUAGAAAACCAUUUACAUAAAGAAAACCGCGCCUAGAUUAUAACCACUUUGUGAAACUUUUACACGGCAAGUGCAACUACAAAGGCCAUCUUUCCGAGAGUGACAAAACAGAAAACGACGCAUUUUCAGCACAAAAAGGCAAAGACACAAAAGUGAGCAGUCGAGGAAAUAUAGUAUACCAAACAGAGAAGGAGGUGAGACAGACUCAAACAGUCAAUAAAGGGGUGAAGAUAUUACAGUUUAGGAACCUAACCAAAUCGCGUUCAAACUGAAUAGUAGCCGUUCAUCCGUCGUUAUAGGUGGAGGAAAAUAUAAAGGAAUUGUAUAACGACUUUUAGCUCACAUCAAAGCGAAGAUUACCCAGCUCCAACUCUACUUCGCCGUGGAAAAUAAUAGAGCGAUAGACAUCCAAAAGGACACCGACCAUCGCAAACGAGCGAGGAAAAUAAAUCUCGUCCACCUGGAAAACAAGUUGUACAAGGCGAAUAGUAUUCCUCUAUGGCGACGCAGUCUGCAACUACCGGAUCAGCACCAGACACAACGAAGAUUUCUUCUACGAGUUGUACUCCUGCCAUGGCUCCAGCCGCAAUGGCGACUGACGACACCAAAUCCGCUUCUAGCACGCUGUCCAACGGCAAAAUGUCGCAACACGGAAUGAACAAUUCGAGCACGGGGAGUAGCAAAAAUAAGACACAACAACCUCCUGCGGGUAGUUCUUCUACCGGGUCAAAAACAACUACACUGAACCCAAAUGCGUCGGAGUUCAUUCCAGGGCAAUUUUCCGUCGGCGCAGGAGCUGGCGCAGCAAAUACUGGUGUGGAGAUUGCAAUGCAAAAUGGUACAACUUCUACGGGAGUAGUACAGCAGCAACUUUUUCAAGUGCCAGGCACGAUGGGCGCUGCUACGCCGGCUGUGUACAAUGCGAGCUAUAGCGCGCAGCAGGGCGCCGGGGUUACCUACAAGGGCGUUGGUAUUUUCAUGACAGAAUGAUGUCGUUUUCUUUUUGUUUCGUAUAAAUGCAUUACAAAUUUCCUCAGCAUGAGAAAUAAAAUUUGUAAUGUGGAUUUAACUUAAGAAAAAGAUUUGUAAUGCAUGUUUUAAACUGUAUCAACCUUUAACACCAUCACAGAUUUCCGCAUCCUGAAUCAACAACAAACGAUGCGACAACCGGAAGUCUUCCAUGUUCUGUCGACGAACAACCUCGGGCAAGUUUUCGCUUCCCCCUACGCGUACACGAACUCGAGGAAGGGCUCCCAGGAGAGCGCAGUCACGCAACAAAGUCAGCAACUGGUCUCGCUCACACAGGGUCCUGGGAUGCAACAGCAGCCAAAUUUGGGGGUAUAUAGUUGUUUUUUUUGUGAGGUAUGCAUUGCAAAAGUAUCGUACUAGUAAAAAUUGCGUGACAGAUUUUGGCAAAAAGGAAAUUGGAAUUUGUAAUGCUGUUUUUCCCUAGGAAAAAUCGUCAUGCACAUUUGCAAAAGAUCCAAAAACCACAGAACCAGGGCGUCUAUUCCAUCGGUGCGGUUAACCCGAAGAUGCAACAGCAAGCGCAAGCCGCCGCUGCAGCCCAGCAACAGCAGCAGAUGAAGCAGGCCACUGCGGGAGCACAGCAGCAACAACACCUGAAGCAGCAACAGCCGCAUUUGGUCAAGCUUGAGGGCAUUAAUCCGAGCACCGGGAAGCCAACAAAACUGGUGCCCACAGAGAUCGUGCAGAACGUCGCAAAGAAGGUCUCUAGUAAGACCUCAUCGAAGACAUCAAGCAACGGGGAGGCGGCAAAGUAUAUUACUCAUUACGGAGUUCAGGCUGUAUCUCCAUAUACAACAAUUUUUAUGCACUACAACAAUUCUACGCAUGAUGAGCAAAUGGAUUCACCACGGAAAAAAUGCAUGACAACAUCAUGUCACAAAUAGACGAAAGCAAAUCAAUACCACCCCAGGUCGCAAGACUCCAAAAACAGCAGCUCCGAUAAGCCAGCGAAGGAUUCUAAACCGGCCAAGGCACCAAAAUUGGAGAGCCCUCCAGCAAAAGCCGGCGAGGAGCAGAAAGACGCGCCAGCGUCAGGAAAGGUACUAGAAAAUUGGAUUUUGUGUUGCGAACUCGCAUGACAAAUCGCAUGACAAAUCGAGAUCUCAUUGAGGACACGCAUGACAAAUCGAGAUCAUAUGACAACACUUUGAAUUCCAAAUCCAAAAUCCAACUCAGACCGCACCCUCCUGGACGCGCAUCGCAGCCAAGGCGGCCACGAAGGCAAAAACGCCCGACGCAGCCUCUGCUGGUACAACAGUGAAACCCGCUGACGUCGUGCUGGUGCCCGUAAAGGGGGACGGAUUAGUAGCAUCCACCGCGGAUAAAAAGGAAAACAAGAAGUCUUCUUCCACCGCUGAUGGUGCUGAGACUACAGAGAAGAAGGUUCUUGCUGCAUCAACUUCUUCCUCGAAAAAGCCAGAAGAGAAGGCAGAUGCCGCUACUGAAAAAUUGGCGGAGGUGAAGAAGGAAAAUAAACCCGCUCCGGCUGCAGAAGUGGAGGACGAGUGGCAGGAGGUGAAGAAGCCGAAGCACAAGGUCCGCCAGAGCCCGGAGCAAGCGACUAAAAAGAUCCUUCCCUGGGGUAUGUCGAAAAAGGAAGCCACACCAAAGGUUUCUGCCAGCCCGAAUAAAGUGGAGGGCUCAACAACAUCUUCCUCGGAGCCAGCAUUUAUUGUUCCGGCUGAAGCUGGUGCGACGAAAGCGGAGUCUAAUUCUUCGUCUUCUGCAGAGGAGCCUGCUGCCGUGCAAAAAGCAGAAUCUUCGUCCACAACUGACGUCGCAGUAGAGAAGAAAGCCGCUGUGGUGCCAGCUUCUUCUUCUACCGUAAAGGAGCCAAUUGCCACGUCCAGUCCGACCUUGACUGCCGCGACCAAGAAAGUGCCGUCGAGUGUGGAGAAGGUCACUCCGGCUCCGUGGCGAAGGCCCGAGAUCCACGAUGAGAAGAAGGAAGCAGAGAACGCCGCUGCUGGGAAACAUGCUGCGGGUGUUGCUGUAGCCGAUCCUGCAACUACUGCUACAUCAUCAAAGCAGCCCGCGACGUCAUCGUCAUCAAGCGAAAAUGUUGCGAGUUCUAAAUCCGCUUCGACAGCCGGUGCUUCUAUCCCGAAAGAGAAGAAGCCGGUCAGCAUCAGCAUGGAUAGCAGGCCAUCCGGCUCGCCGAAGCCGUCGAUCCGACAGAACACGGGCACCACAACUUCCGACAUGGUGAGCAACAGUUCCCCCUCUUCCGUCGAGGAGGCACUGAAGGAACAAGCUGCUUCGGCCACGGGAGAGAAGAGGUCCGUGACUUCGGCCGGUGCAGCAGCUUCCGAAGAGCCGAUUCUGCAGCAAGAUCAGUUCCCCGCGCUCGGCGGUGGAUCUUCGAAAGAGGUGGAAGUAAAAUCGUCUUCCGUUGCUGAAGAAGAGAAAAAGGAAGACAACGCAACCUCCGACGCCAAACCCGCAAUGUCCAGCUGGGCCGCGAAAGCCGCGAAGGCAGCCGCUUUGCCGGUCACCGAGAGCAAACCGAGAAUACAACAAGGUGGAGAAAAAGCGGCGAAGGGCAGUGCUGUUGACCAGCUGUCGAAAGAAAAGUCGAGCAAGGGCAAGGGCAAGGAUGGUGCAGCCAUGGAGGGAAAAGGAAAGGACCAAAAAGGGCAGCACUACAACUCGACGUCAAAGGAAAAUAACUCCAGCAUCUUGCAAAAAGGUAUCAGUAACGGCAAAACGCACGAUAAGGACAACAACUUCCAAGCUGGGUUUUCCGGCGAGCAGGAGCCUACAAGCAGUAUGUCGUCCUCUUCCUCUACCGCAGUAGUACCGCAGCCGCGCUCUUCGCAAAAGGGCAGCAGCAGCUACAGCGGUAAGAACAUGAUCCCACCACGCGACAUCUCAUCCUCCCCGGAUGCAGCCACGGGCGAGAAAGGCAGUAAUAAAUCUGGUUCUCUGCAUCAAGACAGGAGAAGUGGUGCCAGCAAUAGCAUGAUCAAGCCCUCUAGGAAUUCGAGAACCGGAAAGGAUAGCACAACCACUCCGGCCAAGCCCGCGCCAGCUCCGCAGGCGGUCCCAGACUUGCAGAAGGACUUCCCAACGAUGGGCGGUAGUAGCAAGAGCGUCUUAGCCGCGCCGUCUCCGGUACAACCUCCGCAGGGCGCUUGGGGCGCAAAGCCGUGGGGGAACAAUAUUAAAACAGCGACAAGUAGUAGCGAACAGAAAAUGGCGAAUAAAUCCAGCGGUAGUUCUGAGGAAGAAGAAAACGUUGCUUCCAAAAAGCCGGUGGAACAGCCACAGCCAAGGAAUCCCAAUGCUUCCGUCCAAGACAUUCCCGAGGACGACACCCCCGAAGAAGAGGAACAACAACAACCCGCCGCUACGGAAAAUAACAGCAAGACCGUCGCAACGGAGGAGGAAGAUGAUCUUAUCGAGAAGGAAGACAGUUCCUCCGGUAAUACAACCUCCUCUAUCCCGCUGCUCGAAAAGCAAGCGUCGGUUCCGUCCACGACCACCGCGGAAGAGACCAACAACAGCAGCUCCGCGACGGCUAGUGAAAAUGACACGACCACCACUUCUGUCGUGCAAAAGACCUUGCAACAGAGUUCUUCCCAGUCCAAAUUGAAGCCCAGGCUUGUCGCGAAGCCGGUUACCGGCGGCUUCGCCUUCAACUCCUCUUUCGUUAAGUUAUCCGAGGCAAAGAAUCUGCCGUUAGAAACUCCGAAGACCCCGGUGUUGGAAACUACUACGUCUUCCGCGGUGAAUAAAACACCGGAGCGGGUGUCGAAGAAGAAAGCAGCUUCGGAGGACUGUCCGGACGAGGAGGAGCCGUAGAAUUGAUUUUUGUUUCUUUUGCAUGUUUUGCUUUUGUCAUUGUGUUCUGGACCCCCGCAUCUCUUGUUUCUGUUCUAAGGUGGCGAGGCCUGCAUCGGAAAUUUCAUUUGUCAUGCGAAUCCUGCAUGCCAUUGAAUCAAACAAAACAGGACAAACACCAAGGAGAGUCCCGAGCUGAAGGACACCCCGGAGCGCAGCCCGUCUCCCUCCAGCAGCUCGCCGGUCAGCAGUAGCGAGGAGAACGAAUCUCGUAUUUGGCUGGUUUUGUGAUUAAUGCAUUACAAAUUUCCUCAGCAUGAGAAUGAGAAAUAAAAUUUGUAAUCCGGAUUUAGCUUCUGACAAAAAUUUGUAAUACAUCAUUGCAAUUACUACGGAAAAGCAAAAAAAUGGAUCCACAGCUACCCCCGCCCCCGCAGUGCCGCGCUACGAACCGGAGGUUCUGAAACCCUCAGAAACCGAAAUCAAACCUUGCCCGAGCGAGAUCCCGAUGUACCUCCGUGCGGGCUACAGAAAACAGAACGCGCCGCCAACGGAUCGGGUCUACGCGUUGAAGUUUAUGAAGCAAUUUCAGGUACAAUUUAGAUUUUUAGAUAUUCAAGGGAUCAAAUCAUGCUGUAAAGUCAUUUUUGGUGAGAUAAUUACAAAUUGUGGAAAUGUGCCACAACUAUAUGCGCACUACUUCCCUUUCGUCCAGUUGGUCUUUGUGAUGAUGCCCAGUUGUUCUACUUGCACCGUACAACUGAAGCCAAGAACUACACGGAACAUCACAAAAACAGGACAAGGCCAACUGUCUCGCCCUCCCCCCGGGCGUGAAGCUCCCAGCUGCGAUCAGCAAGGAUGGCCGUGUGUCCUCUGCCGGACAAAACGGUAGUGGCGGCGACCAGUGGGCGCGUGGCCAGCGGCUCGCCGAGCUGCCGGACAAGGAGCACAACAAAAAGAACCGGAAGUCAAAUAACGACAACUGGCAGAGGCAGUCCGCGCCGGUGCUCGAGAGUGGCGAGAACAGUUGGAAGAAGCAGCAACAGGAAAUGCGACAGGGAGACAACAUCGAUCGCGACGCAGAGGUACACGAUAAUUUGCUGUUUCUGUUGUUUGAAAAUUCGCAUUUGCGGCAUGGAACGAUGUUGAUUAAUAAUGCCAUGCAUGAGAAUGAGAAAGGACCGCGAGGAGCCUUAUGCCUGGGUCUGGAAGCCUCCAUGGGGUUGGUGAUGCUAACCUUCGAAUUCGAUCAUACAAUUGCAUGAGCAACAAAAGACGCUCAACAGAUGUUUGCCAUUGCCACCUAGACAUGGCGUUAUUUCUCAUACAGUAUCUAGGCAUGCACAAUCCUCCGCGAAAUGUAACACAGACAUCUUCGCGGGUCAACAUGUACAAAAAUUUGCAUGACCAUCAGAAUGAAUAUGAUCAACACUGUUUAAUCAAUUUAAAAUUCACAAAUCACAGAUCGAGCGGAAGGCUAAAGCCAUCCUGAACAAGUUGACUUUCGAAAAGUUCGACAAGCUCUACGCGGAACUCACGAACCUCGGUAUGUACAAGUACGGGCAACUGGAGUACCUUACCAAGGAGAUUUUCGAGAAGGCCACCACGCAGCACCACUUUAUCGAGAUGUACACCUUGCUGUGUAAAAAGAUCCACGACGAAAACGCUUUUUCAGACUGCUUCGCGAGUGGUAUUUUUUUACUGGAUUUUUUUAUUUAUAUUUUUUGGUAUUGAAUCUUUUCAUGCAUGACAAAAGUAGAAGUCGAUGCCUCGCCCUGCAUGAGAAUCGAGAAAUACAAAUAAUCCCCUCUAUAUUCGAUGAAAAUCCACUUACUUCGAUACUAUCAGACGACGCCCCCGUGUCCCCGACCGCGGAAGCAGGAGGUGAAGAGGAUUCCAAGUCCAAGCCCACCUUCAAGCGCAUGUUGCUCUCCAUCUGUCAGGACUUGUUCGAGAAAGAAGAGGAGGAGAUUGUCGCGGACAACAAGGACGAAGAAACGGAGAAGUAUUUCGCGUACAAGAAGAAGCGGUUGGGGAAUGUGAAAUUCGUCGGGAAUCUGUUGAUCAACAAGCUGUUGACGAUAAAGGUCGUCGGCCGGGUGCUACAGGAUUUGCUGCAGAGGCGGACGGAGCUGUCCUUGGAGGCCGCUUGCGUCUUUAUAGAAAGCGUGGGACAGUUUGUUGAGGUACAGAGUUAUUUUGCUUUUUGUGAUUUUGUGUUUUUGUAGUUCAUGUGCAGCCUUAUUUUUAAAACCUAGUUUUUCCUUUUUGUCAUGUAAGUACGUCAUGGGCGAGUUGGAUAAUUGAUGAGAUUGAGAUGCCAUUGAGUGCAUUUAAAUCGCACACAUGAUCAAACAUCAACUCUACAACAGCAACAAAACGCCCUCGCCAUGCAGAAGCUCGAGCAAGAGAACCUCCAAAACGAGGACCUGAACCCUUUGACCCAGAAGGAGAAGGAAAAGAAGCUGCCGGUGAAAGCGUGGACGGGGAUCUUCAGCGAGCUCGCCCACUUGUCGGAGGACCCGGAGUUGAACUUCCGGUCACGGGCGCUGAUCAAGGAUUUGAUUGACCUCAAGAUGGCCGGGUGGGUGAAGAACACCACGCUGCUAUGACAGUGCACAACUCCCCCUCCCCCUCAUUUGUCAUGCAAAAUACCAAACUUACCCUUUGCCUCUUGGCACUGUUUGCAUGACAAGUUCUGGCAGCCCAAAUAGCACUACAAAACUGCGGAAAUUUGUCAUGCAAAACCCGCAUUCUUGCUGGCGCUUGUAUUGCCGGCCAUGCAAUACAAAUGAGGGGGAGGGGGAGUUGUGCACUCUCAUAGCUGCAGAAGGAGCCACUGAAGGCGGGCAAGAUCGCUGACAUCGAGAAGGCGGUCUUGGACGAAGAGAACAACAAGCUGUUGCAGAAAAAGAGUUCCAGCUCGGUCACCAUUGUCGACGCCGAUGGGUUCGCGACGGUCAAGAGCGGUAUGGAAAGUGAUUAUUUUCGAUGAAAAUAUAUUUGUUCAGCCCGCUCAGCUAAACCCUUAUUUACUUUUAGCACCAUCUAGGAUUUUGUCGUAUUCAAGGAUGUGGUGCAGCGAUUGCGAUGUGAAGAGGUACAAUACCUGUAGUGGAAAUAUCCAUCGCAACAAACCUCUAUUAUAUCAGGUAAACAACGCCCCUCCAACAACGGCUCCCUGGGGCCCAAGACCCAGAGCACCAACUCCGUGCGCAACUCCGCCCCGGACGCGUUGCAGCGCGCGGGCUCAAGUACCGGCUCCUUCGCCAACUUAGCCUCGGGUUCGAGAUUUGCCGCCUUGGAGAAGAGCAAGAAGAAAAAGUCAACCAAGAAAGACGAGGAAGAAGUUUUGGAAAAAAAGAAAAAGUCAAGAGACACCGUGCAGGACAUCGCAAGGUAUUGAGGAUGUUCAUGCAUUUUCGGAUAGAAUUUUGUAGUGUAUGAUGAAGAUCCCACAAAUUUGAUCGUUAGUAUAGCACAACGCAAUUAUACGAAACUUGUGCUGUCAUGUGCAAAAAAAAAAACAAACAAUACAGUGCCGAGACUAGCGUGCCCAAGCUGACAUUCGAGGACGCGAAACUCGAGCUGGCCAAGGCUACGCGGGUGUACGUCUUGGAGAACGCCCCCUUCUCCGAGAUUGUCGACGACUAUUUGUCCUCCUGGAAGACGGAUAAGAAGGAGUGGUCAAAGCUCUGGCUCACCCUCUUCGACGACGCAGUGGAAAAGCGGGAAACGGAAAGGCCGAGGUCACUGCAGUUUUUAGCGGAACUGUUGCUCUUCUGGGACCCGAAGUUUGCGUCCAAGGGCCGGAAGUGCUUCAACGAGGUGGUCAAGGAAAUGAUGGAGGAUGAAGAAAUGUGGGAGAUGCGCACCGAGGACUGCCCCAAGCUGGCCAGUUGGUUUCGCGAGCACAUCGUGAACACGCUGCUCGACCGGUUCGACAACCUGUUGUUCGACGAGGACGUGGAGGGAUUGCUGAAGGAAAGAAACUGUUACUUGUAAAAAUAUGUGUAGUCUGAGUCUGUCGUUUUAAAAUGUUCGAGGAAAAUGUUGAAUCUCGAACAUUUGAACGCUAGAACCAUGCUAAAUUUGGCAAAAAAUAUGAGAAUGACUAUACGACAAGAACUUUUACUUUUCUCUCAAACUUUCGUGUGCUAUUUCAAGUGUGCUAUUUCUUAUGCGAUAAUAGUACCAUGAUCUCCUGUGCCUGUCCGAUCUACAGCUUCUGAAACACGGGGUAUGUUUAAUCUUCAGCUAAUAUCUUUUACUGAGCGCUAGUAGAAGCAUUUUUAUACUCUUCGAUUUUUCACCUUGUUGGGCCGAAAAUGCUUCUAUGCGGAACAGCAUAGUAGCUGUUCUCAAGGCCGUCACGAGCUUCGCCCAACAAGGCUUCUUUCACGACUCGAGCUAUCGAGCAACAUGUGUCUUUUUACAGGAUAGCUUCGUCAGUCUCGGGUCGCAGGAAGGGCAGCAAGGAGCCUAGGUAGUUCCAGUGAUACUAAAUGGGCUAAAAUAGUGCAGCGAGCUGAUUGUACUCAUCGGGGUUUGAAAUAACAAGAUAUCGCACAACCGCGUACGGUAUCUCGCAGGAGGCCGCUUGCUUUAGGUGAAAGAUCAGACGGGACAGUAAGGGAUAACAAGAAUAAUCUCGUAGAACCCAGGGAAUAGAUUGUGUAAUUUUCUAGGUUGAGUAGAUUUUCACUUUUUUAAUCCAAAUGCACAAAACAUUUUUUGAACGAAGCAAAAUCGACAUGAGUAGAAUUAUCCAAUCUGACUGCUUGCAUAAUACGAAAAUUCUUCUUUUUACACAUGAUAUUGUUGUAUUUUUCAGCAUUAUCGUCGUAUACUGUCCUGCCUAGUUCAACUAUGUAGGUUAUCUCUCUCUCUCUCUUGUAUUUUUCAGCAUUAAACUAGGAGCUCUUCUUCGAUCACCGGGGGAUACUUAUUGUAGUAGCGCGAGUUUGAUGAAAAUACCGCUAUAGCGGCUUUGAUGCGGUUGUGGGAGUUUUUUCUGAUUCCAUAAUUGCAGCAAUCAGGCCUUCACGAUAGUAGCUACAGGAUAGGGUUGUAUUGAAGGCUCCCAGAUCUCCCCCGGUCGUUGCAGAUACAGCCUCUAGUUGACAACAUAGAAUGACAAUCAAUAUGCCAUGAAAGCUGUCCUGUAAAAGUCAAGCGAUGCGGGAUUCCAAGUCGACUCUUACUGACAUAUGGUUAUCGAGUCUGAUACUAGCGCAGUGAGUGGUUAAAUCGGAGGAAGGAAUUCCCUAUUGGACUAAAAGAACCCAUCGACUAUUUGCUGCGUGUCGUAAGUAUUAACAACAAAAUGAACCUACAACCUACGAGCCUAUACUAAAUCGAAAACCGUAAAAACCUUCUACCUGUAGAUGCAACAAAAAUCCGACUUUUCAUGUAUACCACUGCUGGGACGAUCAUGUUGAUGAACAACAAAAUGCGACUCGACUAGGCAAGGAACCUCUAACCAAUACUGCGGCUUGAUUUAUCCACAAACAGACUUCCGGUACAUAACUGACUCGGACAACUGAGAACUCUACCACGCGAGGGCUUUGCUAUUUCUCGUCCCUUUCCGCUGCAACUUUUUUUGCCAGUGGAAAGCAGAGAAAGAUAGCCAUUUCGUGCCCUCUGACCCAUAUUACCGUGCUAUAUUUUUACACCUCUAUUGAAGAUUGAGAUUCUAUUUCUACACUUGAUGACUAAUGCAAAAAACUUCUUCUCUUCUCUCAAAAGCGAUAAUUAUUCCAUAUUUUCACAGAACUUUACAACGCGAACUUUUUAACGAAAUCUUCUUACUUUUUUACUGUUUUUUGUCGUCGAGUAAUAUCGAUGGAACUACACCAAUCUAGUAGUUCUACGGUCGAUUGACAGUCUUUUACGAUGAAUCAUGUUACCGAAAUGCGGAAAAAAUCUGCAUCUGCAUGCUUUGAAGGUUAUAGACUCGCGCUUCUCUUCGCGGUGUUUUUAUCUACUGUAGUCCGCGGUAUGAUAAGAGAACUCUACAAUUUAUUUCUAGCAUGGUGCACAUUUUAAAAACAAACCACAUCAACAAUGAACCUCUACAAAAACGACAAAAAAUCGACAAAACGAUAGAGACCGCGAUGUAAAAAUUUCGAAAAGUCGAAAAUAACGCACGCUGUCGGGCUCGGCAUGAAGAAAAGUUUUCAUCUUCUCUUCGCAGGUACUUAGUCGUGCUGCGGGUGUAAAUGCUUUUCGAUCUGUCGUACCGCGCUAGUAGUAUCGAAAAUAUUAAAGGCUGAUAUUUUUAGGUACUGCUUUAUGCAAAUCUGUACAGUGAAAGAACAACAAAAAAUCUUCGCUAUACUGCUACAACUCCAUUUCACUAUACUCUACACAUCUUCUUUUCCAUAGUAUCGAAUAAGAUCAGGAUACAACUACAACGACCUAGUUUUUAUCUGAUAGAUGGCGCAGGAGGUGGACGAGCACAACACGCUAUCAGGAUAGGCUACCAUCAAUUGUACUAAGAGGGGCCGC